UACAAAGCUCUUUAGGAGACUUUCUCUUUUUAAAUAUUUUUUCAGAGGUUAAAAAUUAAAUUUCAAAAGAAUAUCUGGGGGCGGAGAAGAGUCCACAGUAGAGACACAAACCCUGAAUGUCUACAACAUGAAGCUUGCCCGUGUUAUUCUGUUACUUUUAUGCUUCUACUUAAGUCUUUGCAAGGAUCAAGGUGAAAAACAAAAAAAGAAGCUGCAGAAGAAGACAGAGUUCACUUUGACAUCAGACCUCUCCGGAGAGAAUCUGGUGGAGAAAAAGUGCUUAGCUGAAAAAUACACACAUCUCUCCUGCAAUAAAGUCUUCUGCCAACCAUGGCAGAAAUGCAUCGAUGGGAUCUGUAUGUGUAAACUCCCUUAUCAGUGCCCAAAGAAUGGCACCAUGGUGUGUUCAACUAACAGGAGAACCUACCCAACUUACUGUCAGCAAAAGAGUUUUGAAUGUCUUCGUCCAGAGGCAAAGUUUUUAAAUUCUGGAGAAUGCACAUCUGAAGGACAAUUUACUGUUUCCUUGAAGUAUGGAAAUACAGAGUCUGAGGGAAUUGUUGAAGUAAAACUUGUAGACCAAGAUAAGAAAAUGUUCAUAUGUAGAAAAAGCUGGAGCAUGACUCAGGCCAACGUGGCCUGCCUUGACCUUGGAUUUCAACAGGGUGCUCGUCAUACUAAAGGAAAGUUUAAUAUUCCUGGAGAUCUCCGUAUGAAUUCCACUGAAUGUCUGAAUGUGCAUUGUCGAGGAUUAGAGACCAGUUUAGCUGAAUGUACUUUUACCAGUGCCCCAGCUCACAGUUACCAGGGUUUAGCUGGUGUGGUAUGUUACACGCCAAAUGCAGUUGCUCCAACAGAUGAUGAUGCCUUUCAUUGUGUGAAUGGGAAACACAUUCCUCAAAAGAAGGCCUGUGAUGGUAUCAAUGAUUGUGGAGACCAAAGUGACGAGCUGUGCUGUAAAGGAUGCCAAGGCAAAAGUUUCUUUUGCAAAUCAGGUGUUUGCAUUCCAAACCAGUAUAAGUGCAACGGUGAGGUGGACUGCAUUACAGGAGAAGAUGAAAUUGGUUGUGAAAAUAAUUUAAAAGGAGCUGGACCUCCUGAAAAUGAAGGCCUUUUACGUGCAAAUCAAGAAGAAACUGAAAUUUUGACUGCUGAUAUGGAUGCAGAAAGAAAAUGGAUGAAGUCUUUUCUCCCUAAACUCUCCUGUGGAGUUAAAAACAGCACGCACAUUCGAAGGAAACGAGUCGUAGGCGGAAAGCCAGCACAAGUGGGAGACUUCCCAUGGCAGGUGGCAAUUAAGGAGGGUGACAAAAUCAACUGUGGAGGAAUUUAUAUUGGUGCCUGUUGGGUUCUGACUGCUGCACACUGUGUCAGAACCAGUAAAAUGCACCGCUACCAAAUAUGGACAUCACUGCUAGACUGGUUAAGACCUAACUCUGAGUUAAUCAUUCAGUCGGCAAAACAAAUUAUUAUCCAUGAAAACUAUGAUGGAUCCACAUACCAAAAUGACAUAGCUUUGAUUGAACUAAGAGCACGCACAAACCAAAGACGAUGCUCACUGCCUCACUCCAUCCCUGCCUGUGUGCCCUGGUCUCCAUAUCUAUUUGGACCUAAUGAUAAAUGCAUCGUUUCUGGCUGGGGUCGAGAAAAAGAUAACCAAAAAGUCUAUUCACUUAAAUGGGGUGAAGUUCACCUAAUAGACAACUGCUCUAGGUUUUACCCAGGUCGCUACUUUGAAAAAGAAAUGGAAUGUGCAGGUACAGUUGAUGGUUCCAUCGAUGCCUGUAAAGGAGACUCUGGAGGCCCUUUAGUCUGUACGGAUGUCAACAAUGUGACCUAUGUUUGGGGUGUUGUCAGUUGGGGUGAAAACUGUGGAAAACCGGAGUUCCCAGGUGUCUAUACAAAAGUGGCCAAUUAUUUUGACUGGAUCAGCCAUCAUGUGGGAAGGUCUCUUAUUUCUCAGCACAAUGUAUAAAAUUGUAAUUGCUCUCUUCUUUCUAUUCUUUUAAGAAUUCCAUUUUAAUCGAAAUACUGCAUAAUUAGCACUUCUGUAGGGAAAGAAAAUAAAGCAAAUUUUAUUGGACAUUUUUAAAUC